CCCGGCUGCCGCAGCAAGAGGUUGCUGCCUCCCAGUGCCAGGCAGCCCGCAAGAACUCUCAGGCCGGCCUCGCCGGGAAAGUUCUUUCUUUCGGAGCGGGGUGCGGGAGAGAAGCCCUGGAGCACAGCCGCAGCCAGAAGCCGGCGCGAGGCAACCGGGGGCGGGGAGGGCGCACGCACCCCCCCCCCGCGCGGCGGCACCUCCACAGACCCGCUCCCCCCCCGCCCCGCGCCCUGCACGCGGCUUUCUCCGCAGCGCCGCCGCCGGCGCCUCCUCCUGGGUGCUGCCGCCCGGCUCCAUUCGACCCGGCUGUAGCCGCCGCCGCCGCCGCCACUCCGGAGCAGGGAGGCGGAGGCGGCGCAGUGCAGCAGCUGCCCCAAGCCGUGGCGCGGUAGCAGCGUCGGGAGGAGGAGGAGCCGCCGCCGCUCUGCACCUGAGCCGCGGCCGCAGCUCCAGCCGGCACCGCGCAGCCUGGAGGGGCGGAGGCGGCGCUCGCGGCGGCAGCAGCUGGAGAGAACGAGCCCGGCUGGGUAGGCGGAGUCGCCGCCGCUGCAUCUCGCUACCAUGUCGCCUCCGGAGCCGGGCUGCCCGCGCCUGGUGGGAGAGCUGCUGCCGCCGCCGCCACGACCAUGAUCGCCCUGGAGGGCGGCGGGGCUGGCUUGCCCCGGCCCGCGCGCUGCUGCUGCUGCUGCUGCUGCUGCGGCAGCCCCCCAGCCCGGCGUGGCGGACGCGGGUGAGCCGCCGCCUGGAGGCGCAGGAGAGGAGCGCCUCGCCCGCCCGCCCGCCCGGAGGAUGCCGCUGGCCGCCGCCGCCGCCGCCGCAGGGCGCAGCUCCGCCGCCGCCCCCAGGAUGCUGAUGCCGGCCGUCGGGUGCGGGCGCUCGCUCAGCCCGGCCGCCCUGUCCCGCAGCCUCUCCCGCCUGCGCGAGUACCGCACCCGCUCGCGCAUCAUGCUGGCGCUCGGCGUCACCCAGAUGCUGCUCGGCUGCCUCAUCGUGGCCGUCAGCUUCGCCGCCCUGGCGCUCACCACCUCGGCCCGCGUGCGCCACUCCUGCCCCUUCUGGGCCGGCUUCUCGGUGCUGUUGUCGGGACUGAUCGGCGUUGUCUCCUGGAAGAGGCCUCUCUCGCUUGUGAUCACCUUUUUCAUGCUCUUGUCGGCAGUCUGCGUCAUGCUGAACUUGGCGGGUUCUAUUCUCUCGUGUCAGAACGCUCAGCUGGUGAACUCCUUGGAAGGUUGUCAGCUGAUCAAAUUUGACAGUGAUGGCGUCUGCGUUUGCUGUGAGCUGCAGCACCAGACCUCGGGCUGCAGCAACCUCGGCGAGACGUUGAAACUGAACCCCCUGCAGGAAUGCAACACUGUCAGGCUUACCCUCAAGGACCUCUUGUUCAGUGUGUGCGCUCUCAAUAUCCUCUCGACUAUUGUCUGUGCUUUGGCAACCGCAAUGUGCUGCAUGCAGAUGGUUUCGUCGGAUGUGCUGCAGAUGUUCCUGCCACAGAGGUCUCAUUCUGCGAACCCAGACUGCAUGACGCCCCAUGGAACUAUCCUGCACCAGACCUUGGAUUUUGACGAGUUCAUCCCUCCAAUCCCACCUCCGCCCUACUAUCCCCCCGAGUACACCUGCACUCCUGUGAUAGAAGCACAAAGAGGGCUCCAUUUGGACUUUCCUCACUCGCCCUUCAGCGCCUUAUAUGAGGUUGCAAUCAACAGCCCGGGAAUGCUCUAUCCAGCGGAACUGCCCCCUCCGUAUGAAGCAGUGAUUGGGCAGACUCCGGCCAGCCAGGUCUCUGCUCUGGACCGGCAAGUUGCAGAGUCCACCCUGGGCGACAGGAACACAACAACGGGCUUCAGCACUCAAGUGUCUGUGGACAGCACUUCCCAGAUGGUCUCCGAAGUGGCUGAUGUCCCCGACCGCAGCUACUCCUCCGAGGACCUGUGCUCUUUGGACGUCCAGGAGUCGCUCCUUUCGGCGGACUUGUCUUCGCACAGAGCCGCCCACAAAGGCGUGGCGGGCCGGAGUUGCUCCAGCCUGGACAACAGCCUCCGCUGCGGGCUGCACAGGACUAGCUCACAGGGCUCCGCGGACGAAGAGGCCAGCGGCCACAGCCAGACCUCCAUGCCCAGGCCUGGUGGGCAGGACCACAGGCGCUGCCCUCGCAGCCAGUCCUCGGACUGCUCCUCGGAGAACUUCUGUGCCUCGGAGAGGGACUCGCGCCGCUCGGUGAGAGAAGGCAAAGCCACGCCUCCUCCACCCAGAUCGCGGAAGAUGUGCUGUGGGGUCUUCAGCCAGCCCCCCGCUUUGCAGACGCACCACCCCGCCUCGUCAGUGCCUGUCAAUGCUUCGCUCCACGGCUGCUCCGAGCGGACGGCUCAGCAGCGCAAGAGGAGAGCCAGGAUGGCCCACAUCGUCCGAUCCACUAGUGACCCUCUGUCAUGUUCUUCUGCCACAGAAGUUCCUGCCUCUGGUCCUCACGUGGCUGGCUCUCCUUGUCCGGACUCUUCAAACCACCUCCCGCUUCCUGGAAAGACGAGGGACUUGAAGAAAGUGGACCUCUCCCCAAAGCCAAAGGCCUUCCGGAGUGUCUGCAAGGAGCGGCCCCACUCCCUGGUGGACCUGCAGGCCUAUAAGGACACUAAGAUUCUGGUGGCCAAGUUUUUGGAACAUUCGAACUGUAACCUGCCCCCCGAGGUGCGUCACGUGGUGAACAGCAUCCGGUCGGUCAUCAAGUCGGAUGAGCGGCACAUGGAAGAAGCCAUCUUCAGUGCAAACAUCAUCGACCAGGUGAUUACCAGCUCCCAGCAGAAUGUGGAUACCUCAAGAAAGAGACCCCAGGAAGAUCUCCACCUCCAGAGCUGUGGAGCCCUGAGUUCUCCUGUGGCCUUCCUGCGCAGGGCCCACAUCAGCCACAGCUUAGAGCGGGGAAGGCCGCACAGCUUAAUUGGCGUCUGCCGAGAGACCAUUCUUUGACAGUGAGCCACGGCUCUCCUGAGGAAUACAAACUCCAGCACAGACACCUCGAGGAAUUCAUGGAGGUUUGCAAGAGAAAUAUGGCUUUAAAAGGAUUUUUUUUUUUAGAAAAACACCCAACACCCCUAAAGAGUCUUCCUUUGAGGUCCCCAUUUUGGAUCUCAGUUUCCAGCAGCAAAACACCCCAGUUUCCAUGAAUGCCAAGCCAGACGGACGACACCAUUUGUGAAAAUGAAAUGGUUUCUUGGGGCAAAAAGAAACCUGGAAUGCAAACAGUUUCCCGCAUACCGAGGAGUUUGCUUGUAGAAAUGCUGAUGCUUGUGGGGGAGGGAAAAGGUUCUGUGGCCAAGGCACGGGGACCCUCAGGUGCCACUUGGGAGUUGGAUUGUAUUCACCGUACCUCAAAGUGUUUUAACGAAUUAUGAACAGUGUUUUCAUAAUAAAAAGUAUUUCUGGA